UUUGCCAGUGCGCAUGAGCAAGGGAUAUCGUACCUCAUCUUCAUGCUGGUCGGCCUCGCUCAAAUAAAACAGGAGCCACUCGAACUACCAGCUGCAAACGAACCCCUUCGGCGGCCUCAAGAAAGUCAGAAGGUCAGGCCGCGCAAUAAGAUGCAGUUCUUCCCGAACCACUAAAGAGCAGACAGAACAUAACUACACAACCCACUGAGGACACAGUUUCCAUCUCUUGCUCUGUUCAAUACAGAGGUAUCGGCGACUCAGAAUACAAACCCCUUCCCAUCACCGGCAUGUCCACUGUCUCUUCAGCAACCCCUGUCCCUCAUCAGGGGGUCAAUCCCCCACCUCCGGAGGUGACCAAUCCCGGUAAACCAGGUCGAAAAACCAACCAACUACAGUACAUGCAAAAUGUCAUGGUUAAGACAUUGUGGAAACACAACUUUGCCUGGCCUUUCUACGUGCCAGUUGAUGCCGUGAAGUUGGGACUUCCAGAUUACCAUAAGAUCAUAAAGCAACCUAUGGACAUGGGAACCAUCAAGAAGAGACUGGAGAAUAAUUACUAUUGGAGUGCCAGUGAGUGCAUGCAGGACUUUAACACUAUGUUCACCAACUGUUACAUAUAUAACAAGCCUACAGAUGACAUUGUCCUGAUGGCACAGGCCUUGGAGAAGAUCUUCCUGCAGAAAGUGGCUAUGAUGCCCCAGGAGGAGGUGGAGCUUUUGCCUCCUGCACCUAAACCCAAAAAGAGCAAAAGCAUUGGUGGUUUGGAUGGUGGUGAGUCUCCAUCGUCCGUCCCUGUCUCUACAACACCAGUGAUUGGCUCAUCGCCAAUGUCUACCAUCAUACCCAAUGUCCCAGCUGUCCAGAGCUCACCAAAUGCCAUGAUGCCCUCACAACCUCUAGUCAAAAAGAAAGGGGUAAAGAGGAAAGCAGACACCACCACCCCCACAACAUCUGCAAUCACAGCCAGCCGGAGCGCGUCACCCAGCCCCCUCUCAGAGGCCAAGCAGGGCAAGGUAAUGUCCAGACGAGAGAGCACAGGCCGUCCCAUCAAAGCCCCGAAGAAAGACCUGGAGGAAGGGGAAUUGGGACAGCACGGCACCAAGCGGAGCCGAAUGAGUGAGCAGCUCAAAUACUGCGACAGUAUCCUGAAAGAAAUGCUGUCGAAGAAACAUGCGGCGUAUGCCUGGCCCUUCUACAAGCCUGUUGACGCUGAGGCUCUGGAGCUACAUGACUACCAUGAAAUCAUCAAGCACCCCAUGGACCUCAGCACUGUCAAAAAAAAAAUUGAUGGUCGGGAGUACCCAGAUGCACAAAUGUUUGCAGCAGAUGUUCGAAUAAUGUUCUCAAAUUGUUACAAGUAUAACCCACCAGAUCAUGAGGUGGUUGCCAUGGCCAGGAAGCUCCAGGACGUAUUUGAGAUGCGUUUUGCUAAGAUGCCCGAUGAGCCAGUGGAGCUGAGCCCCGGUGUAGGCGGGGUGGUCAGUAAAGGCGACAACUCGAGCAGUGGCGACUCCUCCAGCUCGGGCACCUCCGACUCGGAGGAGGAGCGUGCCACCCGGCUCGCUGAGCUGCAGGAACAGGUGGGUGCGGAACAGUGUAUCUCUGUGGAGCGCCCCAAUGGUAGCGGGCAGGGGAAAAAAAACGGGUGCACCAAGCAUUUUCAGCUAAAGGCCGUCCACGAACAGCUUGCAGCGCUUUCUCAGGCCCCAGUGAGUAAACCGAAGAAGAAGAAAGAAAAGAAAGUGAAAGAAAAAAAGAAAAAAGACAAGGACAACAAGCACAGCAAAACCAAGCCAGAGGAGGAGAAGAAGGCCAAGUCUGGGCAGCCUGCCAAACAGGGCCAGCAGAAGAAGCCCUCCAGGAAAAGCAACAGUACCGUGACUGGCUCCAGGCAACAAAAGAAGGGGGGGCGGGGUUACGAGUCUGAUGAGGAGGAGUCUCUGCCCAUGACGUAUGACGAGAAGCGUCAGCUCAGCCUGGACAUCAACCGGCUCCCAGGGGAGAAGCUAGGCCGGGUUGUACACAUCAUCCAGUCCCGAGAGCCCUCGCUGCGAGACUCCAACCCAGAUGAGAUCGAGAUUGACUUUGAGACGCUCAAGCCCUCCACCCUACGUGAACUUGAGCGAUAUGUCAAAUCCUGUUUACAGAAGAAACAGCGGAAACCCCAACAGAAGGGAGCUGGGUCCGGGACUGGUGCCUCCCGCCUCAGUGGCAGCAGUAGUUCUUCAGACUCUGGCAGCAGCAGCUCUAGUGGGUCCAGUUCUGAUAGCAGCGACUCCGACUGAAAUGUGCAGCCCAACAUUUGAUGGGAACCUUUUUUUCUUAAACUUUUUUUUUUUUUAUUUUUUUUUUACAAACAUUGAAUGCAUAGUUGUUUCCCCUGCUAAAACAUUUUAUAUGAGAAAAAAAUAUAUAAUGUCAGAACAUGUAAAUCUUUUUUUUUUUUUAAGUAAAUUCCUUUAAAAAAAGGGAAAGUAUAGAUGACUUGACAGAGUUGUUUUUGUUUCCUCUGACGUUCAAAGGGAUGUGUUAAAAAUCGACCAAACUUUAAAUCAUGUUGUAAUCCUCUCGUGGAUGUGUGCCAGAUGGCUUUGCUUUUUUCAACAUUAUCAACAUGCAUUUCAAAGUGAAGGAGUUGUUGCAGUUUUGAAGAAGGAGCAGAACCCUUCAUCCUCCUCGCCACACCCCUGCAACACGAACAGCCAUAAGUCCAAUUCAAUGUACUCGCUGAAACAUCAUUUUAACGACUCAUCCAGCGGUAUUUUUCACGUUAUAGGCCUAUAUGUGCAUUUUGGCUUGUUUCCUGCAACCUUUUGACUUCCUACAAAUCCUAAACCUCUGAAUGUGCCUCUGAGUGGCACAUUUCAGAUUAUUCAGAGCAAUCUAGUUGGGUAUCUUCAGCAUCAUAUGAAGUCAGAUUUGUAAGAGAAAUUGGGUUGAUGCUAUUCUUUCACUGCACUCUGUUUAUUGACAUGGCGUCUUAAUUUACAAACUAGCCGUAUGUAAUGUAGCAAAACAAUUCUGUUUGUUACUAACUGGUCUGAGAGGUUAUCAAUGAAAAUAUUAUUCCUUUUGUAUGACUUUGAGGCAGAAGAAAAUACAAUAAAAUUAUUCACUUAAGUUUUAUUGCCCAUAACCACUAGGCAUAGUGACCUCUGCAUAUUUCCUGGCCUGCGUCCUGCCUGAUCUACCAUCUUCAAAUGAAUGUAUAUAUGAUACCCUGAAAGAUUGAACUCCAUCACAUCAGUCACAUUGUGUACAUCACUGCUUUAUAUAUGAUGAAACAUCCCAAACUGCACAAAACAGACCUGUGUGUACAUAUUCGGUACACUGUGGAGCUGGAAAAGUCUUUCACUUAAGAGUAGGGACAUAAAUUGUCUCCUGUUGGUGCUCUAUUCCAAACAGAGCCGUACUGUGUCCCGGAUUUUAAUUGUUUAUUAUGGGGGUUGUAUGGUGUUGUUACUAUGUACAAUGAAAGCAGGACAAUGUUGUGAUCAAUGAGUCUUCCUCUGAUGUGUUGGACAUAGGUUCUCAAACCUCUCCUCUUGGAUCCCUAAACAUUUUUAACAGUGUGGUUGUAAACCUGAACUUGCUUUCCUGUCUUGUCAAGGCCUUGAUAAUUAGUUGACAAGCUGAUUCAGGUGUGCUAGCUCUGGAAUAAUUCCUGGUUCGGUACAUGGAACGGUUGGGGUCCCUGAGGAGAGGUUUGAGCACCACUGAUAGGGUAUUGAUUUCUGAAUGUAAGUUGCUAUCGGGGUCUCCAGUAUUAUCAUUAUAUGUCACAGCUCUUUAUUAUGAUUUUUUUUUUAAAUUCACUCUGUCAAUUCAUCAUAUUUUUAUCUCUGUGAACGGUUAAUUAUUCAUUAGAGAAUAUCCCUCAUGACAUUUUUAUUCCAUUCUUGUAAUGAUGCAUAUGAUUGUUUCAUGAAAUGUAUCUGACCGUAGUGUCAAUGUUUUGCCUGAUGUACAUUUUUUAGGCAUUUUUAAACUUUUUUUUUUUUUUUAAAUACCAUGAACAUUGAAGCCACUUUGGAUUUCCUUUACUGUUAAUACGUAUAUACAUUAUAGAUUUAGUCAUAUGCAUUGUUAUUUUAAGCUAUGGUGGAAAUAAAGAUUUGUGUGGUUUUGUGGUAAUGUCCCUCAUAUCGGGUUGCACUUAACUGCAAAACUCCAAAUGAUCGUGUAUGCAUUUCUUUGCCUAUACCAUUGUUCUUCAAUACAUGCCCUAUCAGGUUUUUCUAAGAAUUAUUUCUUUUAGAGGCAAAAGACAAAUUAUAUAUAUAUAUAUAUAUAUAUAAAUACAAAUAUAUAUAUACAACUUUUAGUUUAUUUCUAGUCCCUGGUCAAACUAUAAUAGUUCUUUUUUAUAUUUUCAAAAGCAAAUGUUUACUUUUUAUCCUUGAUGUGCAUGCAACUUUAUUGAAACUUUCUAAUCCCUUUUUUGAGCUGUUUAUUAUCUUUCUGUAAAUGUCAGUCAUUGCAACAAAUCAAGGAUUCUGUGUAAGUAGUUAUAGGCUUGUUUAUUGCAAUAUGGGCAGGUAGGAUUUGAUGUGUGGGGACUGGAGGUAGAAGCUAACAUUUGAUGUUAUCGCUAACCUGGAAUCGGAUUCAUUCUAUUUCUUUUUUUUGUAAAUAAAUGACAAAACACCCUAAAAAA